GGCUACGCCUGCAGUGGUUACAGACACUCACUAUACAGUUGUUGAUAAGAAGAAAGGGCGAGUUAGGUGCAAUUAUUAUGGAAAGGAGAUAAGUGGUUCUACUCGUCUUAAGCAACACUUGGGUGGAAUACCUCCUCAUGUAUUACCUUGUCUGGAAGUUCCAGAGGAUGUGAAAAUUCAAAUGAAAAACAACUUAAUGGGAAUAACAAAAGCAGAUGCAAACACCAAAUUUCUUGAAUCGUCUUCUCUACGGAAGAGAAAGUCCAGCUCCAACGACCCAUGUAAAGGCAAUCAUGUUUCCAGUCAACCCGCCAAUUUGUCACGGAAGAGGACGCACUACACUACAACUCAAUCUGGAUUAAAAGACAAUGAUGAGAUGGCACAGAGCUUGAUUAAUCCCGAACACACCGUAAAGAAGAUUGAAAAACAAGCUGAAGAUAAGUCACCUAGGCAAAUCCAAAGGUGUAUAGGCAGAUUCUUUUUUCGAAAAUGGUAUAGACUUUAGUGCUGCAAACUCGCUUACUUUCGAGAAAAUGAUGCAUGCUUUGGUUGGACGUGGAUCCAUGCUGUCUGACGCCAUUUCUAAUACUGGAGAGAAUUGAGUCUCAAAAGAAUAAUUGGGAGAUCAUGUUUAGUUCGUCAGAAUGGAAGACGUCAGCCAUAGCUUCAACAGCUGAUUGAAGGCAUGUGACUGAUUUAGUCACUGGAGUGUCGUCUUUCUGGACUAAAGCCGAGAUGCUUUUGAAGGGAAGCCUUCCACUCAUACAUGCUCUGCAUCUAAUCAGUGGAGGAGAUAGUAAACCCCAGUUGGGAUACAUAUAUGAAACGAUGGACCAAGUAAAAGAGACAAUAAAAGAGGAGUAUGAAGACGUGGAAUCUGAAUAUCAGCCUUUCUGGACAGUAAUUGAUGGGAUCUGGAAUAACCAACUCCAUAGCCCUAUCCAUUCUGCUGCCUUUAUUUUGAAUCCGAGUCUUCUUUGCUCAUCUGAGGACAUUGAAGAUGAUAAUGAGAUCAAGGAUGGGCUUUCACUCUGCAUUGAGGGAAUGGUAAAGGAUAAGGGAGUUCGAGAUUUAAUAUCAUUACAGUUAAAUGACUAUUUAGUGUCUAGUGGUGCUUUCGGCGAGGGGGUUGCUAUUGAUCAAAAAACGAAGCUUUCUCCAGAGAAGUGGUGGUCCUUAAAUGGAGGUCAUUGCCCUGAAUUGCAAAGUUUUGCUAUGAGAAUUUUAAGUCAGACGUGUACGGGUGCCUCAAAGUAUGGUCUGAAAAGGAAUCUAUCUGAGCAACUACAUAUGAAUGGAAGGAGCCCUGUAGAGCAGAAACAGUUGACUAGCCUUACAUUUGUUCAUCAUAAUCUUCGGUUGCAAAAUGCUGUCUCUAUUUCAAAAACAGAUUUCAAAGAUAUAUUUCUUGAAGAGAUGGAUCCAAUGGAUGAAUGGGUUGGCGGAGGAGACGUUGAAAGAGUAAGCAGGUGAUUAAAUUAAGGUAUAUGAGUGUCUAAUGUUAUCUUCUGAAAAUAAAGACUACAAAUUUGAUUGCUUUGAAUGGUGGACAUGAAUUUGAAGAAAAGGAUGUUUCAUUCAUUUCAUUACUUACACAUUU